AUGCCGCGGGAGCUACCGGACCUUCGGCGGAUGUUCUCCUUGAAGGUGGACGUGAGCGGGAAGCCGCCGACCAAGUGGAACUCGGAGGACCUCAAGGAGGAGUUCAGCAAAUUUGGGGAGGUGGGGGACGUCUUCAUCCCCCGGAGCAAGGUCUCCGAUCGGCCUUGCGGCUACGCGUUCGUCCGAUUCCUGGAUGAGAGGGACGGGAUGGAGGCCGUGAAGAAGAUGAACCGCGCCAAGUACGACGGCUGCAUCAUCUCUGUAUCCAAGGCCCAGGAAUCGUCCCCUCAUUCAAGUGGUGUCACCAACUUGUCGAUGGGAUAA